GCGCAAUCCAACGGAGACUGCUGAGGCUCAGGGUCAACCAGGCCACAGUGGGCAACCACCAGAACUUCAUCUUGGCACAGAACAAGGUUUGAUGUCACCUGCACCUGGCAGAGGCAACCCUGGAGCUUGUAGAUGUCGCCGAUUCCGAAGAAGCUGCAGCGGCAGACCACACUCAAUCCACCAUUCCAAACCCACAACACUUGGAAGGAGACUGCUCUCAUUACUCUUAUUUUCCUUCUGGACCGUCAGAGAUGGGCUGUCUGUUGUACAAUUUCAUGCUCUCCUUAUCGGCUUCUCUUUCCACCCAUAUUAAUUGAGGCUGGCAAUAUGCCAGUGUGAAUGUGGCGUGAGGGGGGUGGAGAGGAGAAAGAAGAAGAACAGAAGCAUAGGCGACUGAGGGAGGGCCUUCUUUCAUUCACCAGACAAAACGUGCUUUUCUUUAUUCACUUUCUGUCAAUUCUGGACUGGGAACAGUAAUGAUCAUUGAUCUCUCUUAAUGAGGAGGAUUAACAAGAAUCCCAAAAGGUCUUGGAACGCUGACAGGUGCAACUGAAAGUUAAUGCUGCGGCAUUAUGGCUUACAAAGCAACAUCAAUCCCUUGUGUCUUAAGAUGCCUGUGCUUCGUGUUUCUUCAUUGGCUUAAUGCAGCACAAGAUGAAGACCUAAGGAGUUGUAGGACCGCACCAGGUGAUUUGGUAUUUAUUGUUGAUGGUUCUUGGAGUGUUGAAGAUGUAAACUUUGAAAUAGUAAAACGCUGGCUUGUCAACAUAACCAAAAACUUCAAAAUUGGACAGAAAUUUACCCAAGUUGGUGUUGUCCAGUACACCGACGAUCCCAUUUUAGAAAUACCUCUGGGGAAGUAUUCCACAAAUAAAGAUCUCAUUAGAGCCAUGGAAUCCAUUGAGUACAUGGGAGGAAACACAAGGACUGGCACAGCCAUUGAGUUUGCCACAGGCAAACUGUUUGGCCUCUCUGAGCGUGGCCCGAUGGGCGUGUCCCGAAUUGCAGUUGUGCUCACCGAUGGGAAGUCUCAAGAUGAGGUUUCAAAGGCAGCAGAAGCCGCAAGAAAAAAAGGAGUCAUUUUGUUUGCGAUUGGUGUGGGAUCAGAGACAGAGGAGGGACAGUUGAGAGCCAUCGCAAAUCAGCCAUUUUCAACUUACGUCUUCUCUGUUGAGGACUACAGAGGUAUUUCUAGGAUCGUCCAAGUCAUACGGCAGAAAGUGUGUGAAGAGACUGUUUGUCCUGCGAGAAUACCUAUCGAUUCCCGAAAUGAGAAAGGAUUUGAUAUCCUAUUCCAUUUAAAUUUGGCCAAAAAAGCCAAAAAGACAAAAGGAACAUAUCAUGGCACAAAGGCCUAUGAGGUGUCAUCGCGUAUUGACUUGAGUGAAGCUACAAGGACACUUUUCCCUGAUGGCCUCCCGCCAUCAUAUGUAUUCGUUGCCACUCUGAGAUACAAGGGAUCAGUGGCAUUGGAGGAGUGGGACCUGUGGAGGAUCCAGAUGCGUGACGGGAGACCUCAGAUGGCAGUGAGCCUAAACGGACUUGACGGCACCGUCCAGUUCACCACAACCAGUCACUCACUAAGUGGAACGCAAACUGCCACAUUUUCACGGCACACCGCGAUGAAACUGUUUGAUGAGAAAUGGCACCAACUGCGACUUCUGGUCACAGAGGAGGACGUCACUCUUUAUGUUGAUGACCUGGAAAUGGAAACACUGACUUUGGAGCCUCCUGUUGGCAUUUUCAUCAAUGGAAAAACUCAAGUUGGAAAAUAUGUCAGUAAAGAAACAACAGCACCAUUUGAAAUUCAGAAGCUCCGUAUCUACUGUGACCCUGAGCAGAACAACCGCGAGACUGCAUGUGAAAUACCAGGAGUGUGUUCCAACAGUCCAGAUUAUGCUGAGCCAACUCAAGAACCUUGUGUUUGUCCUCUGGGGCCUCCAGGACUUCCAGGCAUGAAGGGUGAACCAGGAAACGUUGGCAAAUCAGGUCAACCUGGACGUGCUGGUGCUGAUGGUAAGCCUGGGGUGCCUGGCAUUAGAGGAAGCCCAGGGUUUUCUGGUGCACCAGGAAUAAAGGGUCAACGUGGAGCCGAUGGGGUGAAAGGGGAACAGGGGAGGCCUGGUGUUUCGGGUGAGAGAGGUGUGCCGGGAUUAACAGGACCACCUGGACAACCCGGAGAGAAGGGACCAGUUGGAUCACCCGGACGACCAGGGAUGGCUGGUGAAGCCGGACAAACGGGAGAAAAAGGAAGUAUCGGACCUCCCGGGCCACCAGGUUAUCAAGGAGCACCUGGUGAAACUGGAAGAGAUGGAAAGGAUGGAGUUCCUGGGUCACCUGGUCAAAAGGGCGAAGGUGGGGCCAGUGGCAUCCCUGGUGCUGAUGGAAGCCCAGGCCAUACAGGUAUGCCCGGUUUACCUGGGAUAGCAGGUCUCAAUGGGCAAAAAGGAGAGCCUGGUCUUCCCGGAUCAAGGGGCCCGCAAGGAUUAGAUGGAUCACCUGGGGAGAUUGGUCCAACUGGUUCACCUGGUUUAAAUGGAAUAAUCGGCCCAAAGGGCAGUAAGGGUGAAAAUGGAAGUCCAGGUAAACAAGGGAUACCAGGUUCUAUGGGCAGACCAGGUCAUUCGGGACUAGCAGGUCAGCCAGGACACCCAGCGGUGCCCGGCCUAAAGGGAAGCAAGGGAGAGAGGGGCCAUGCAGGUGAAAAGGGAGAUAUGGGAAUGAAAGGUGAAAAGGGAGCAGAUGGAAAAUCAGGAAAUCACGGAUCGCCAGGUCUGAGGGGACUAAAAGGAGAGCAAGGGACAACAGGAGAUCUGGGUCAGAGAGGCCAAGAAGGUCAAAUGGGCCGACCUGGACAGCCAGGUCAGACAGGCCCAACGGGACCCCGAGGCCCUCAGGGGGGCACAGGUCCUGCCGGACAACCUGGCCCGGCAGGAAGAUCUGUCGGUGAAAUUUCAGAUAUGCACAUUCGACAAGUUUGCAGAGAAAUUCUUCAGUCUGAACUGCCGUCAAUGUUGCUGAGCCACCAGUCAAGCAGCUGUGCCAGGUGCCACAGCCUUCCUGGAACACCUGGCGUCCCAGGGCUGACAGGGCCCCAGGGCCUCAGGGGACUUCCUGGAUCGUCCGGUGACAGGGGGCAGCCAGGCUACCGCGGUCGUCCAGGGCUACCCGGCAUUAAUGGGAUAAAAGGUGAACUUGGGGUUAAGGGUGAAAAGGGAAGCCCAGGGCGCACCAUACAUGGGGACCAAGGACCACCUGGGCCUCCAGGUCCUGUAGGUCCUCAGGGUUAUGGCAAACCGGGUACUUCAGGUCAACCUGGACCACCUGGACUAAAUGGAGCAGAGGGUAAACGCGGUAAUCCUGGCACACCUGGCCAGCCGGGGGUGUGUGACCCUUCCUUAUGCUACGGUAGCUCGAUGAGGCGGUCCUACUUCAGCAAAGGACCAAACUAUUGACAAAGUCGACCAGUGCUAAGCUGGUGUGAAGCAAACAGCAAUUCUCAGGAAUAUCUCAUCCUUACAGUCAUCCUCUGACGCAGUAACUAAUGGACCUUAUCUAAAUAUCUACAGUGGAUAUAAAAAGUCUACAAACAACUGUUAAAAUGCCAGUUUUGUGAUGUAAAAAAAAUGAGAUGAUGAAUAGUUUUCAAAACUAUCAGUCAGGAGAAGGGUACAAAAGAAUUGUCAAGGCACUUCAUAUACCAUGGAACACAAUGAAGGCAGUCAUUGUCAAUUGGAGAAAAUAUGGCAUAACAAUGACAUUACCAGAGCGUUUGAUGUCCCUCCAAAAUAAAAAACAACAACAACAAAAAAACAGUCCAUCAGACUGUGAAGAUAACUUUUGGAACAUCAGCUCCAGUUGCAGCAUCAUGAAUUUCCAGCAAGUACAGGCUUUGUCCUCCAUGUCACACGUGUGACAAAAAUCACCCAUAUUCAUCAUUCCAAAGACAGAAGUCUACUCUCAUGAAGAAAAACAUCCAAGCCCACCAAAACUUUGCAAAAAUGUGCAAGGAGUCUCUAAAAAAAUAUACCGGAAAAUGUUUUAUUGCUUGACAAACCCAAGGUUGACCUUUUUGACCAUACUAUAAUUCCAUGUUGUUUGGCUCAAAAACAAAUGCUGCACAUCACCAAAAAAAAACAAAAAACAGCACACCUAGCAGUGAAGCUUGGUCGUGGCAAUAUCAUGCUUUUGGACUAUUUUUCUUCAGCUGGAACUGGGAUAUUUGCCACUGUGGAGGGAAUUAUGAACAGUUCAAAAUAGUAGAGAAGGCCUCCAGGGUUCUGCUUGAAGUUGAAGAGAAAUUUAACCUUUCAGAAUGAUAAAAACUGAAAGCACGCCAAAUAAUAGUAAAAACAAAUAUUUUACUUGAAGCCAGCACGGUGUUUGACUGGUUAGCACAUCUGCCUCACAGUUUUGGGGACCGGGGUUCAAAUCCCGGCCCCGCCUGUGUGGAGUUUGCAUGUUCUCCCCGUGCCUGGGUGGGUUUUCUCUGGGCACUCCGGUUUCUUCCCGCAUCCCAAAAUCAUGCGUGGUAGGUCGAUUGAAGACUUUAAAUUGACCGUAGGUGUGAAUGUGAGUGCGAAUCGUUGUUUGUUUCUAUGUGCCCCGCGAUUGGCCGGCAACCGUUUCAGGGUGUACCCCGCCUCCCGCCCGAAGAUAGCUGGGAUAGGCUCCAGGAGCCCGCGACCCUAGUGAGGAUAAGUGGUAAAGGAAAUGGAUGGAUGGAUGGAUGGAUUUUACUGGAAGAAAAUGUAGAUUUUGGAAAGGUCCUGCCAGACUCCAAAACUAAAUCCAUUUGAGAGUUGUCUUCUCACAAUGACCCUUGGCUGAAACACUUGAUGACCCCUAUCCAAAGCGACUGAAUGAUGUAAUCAAAUCAAAAGGUGGAAGUAUUAGUGCACAUGCACUUUUAUGCAACAAGUUGACACACAGUGUAUUUUAAAUAUUCCCUCAUAAUAAUUGCAAUUUUUUUGAGUUGUAUUGUAGAGGUUAUAAUUUAAAAGAAUGUUUCGAAAUUAAUUAGCUCAUUACAUUAAAAUAUAACCUGCUAUUUUAACAGGGGUGUGUAGACAUUUGUUGUUUUUGUUUAUAUCCGUUGUACAGUAUAUGUUCUCUGACAGUCAGCAGGGUGCAAUUUUUUAUCACACAUUUCCAUUAUAAUUUGUCUAUUUUUGGUAUUCUUAAACCAUUGCCCUGAAGUUUGAAUCGUUAUAGAAUAUGAGCAACUGAUAUCUUUCAACACUUCAUUCAGUUUAGUUUCGCUUUGAACCUGUCUGUGGGUUCUAUGCCUGGUACAUGAUCCUAUAUUGCCCCCUGGUGAUGGAUUGCUGCAUGAUGGGCUCCAAAUUGACUGCAUACGAUGUGGACCAGUCGUUUGUCAAACUCUGAGGACCAUCCCACCUCACUUUGUCUAUUUAUUAGAACAGAUAACUCGUUUUCACUCGUAUUUUGGGACUGGAUGGUUGAGGGAAGCAAAAGAGUACAAUACAUUUCCUGAGGUCCAUGUUUUAAAGCAUUUGAGAAGCAAUGAUAAAAAUGCUCAAAGUCAAAAUACACUAUCAACAGCCAUGUAUGUACAGUACAUACUGUAUAUUGAGUGAAAAAAAUAAAAUGUUUAAUUGCCUGCCUGUAGCUAAUUAUUUGGUGGCAUUAUUUAGUUUAUAAAGUAUUAAUUCUGAAUGAACUUUCAAUACAAUCGCCACGUUGUUACACAAUGAAUAGUAUUAAUGGUAAUAAAGGCUGGAAUUAUGUUUUUGAUACUCAUCGGGCCCUUUAUUACUGUAGCAAAUAUUUUUCUUAUUUAUAUUUCCGAGUCAUAGCUGUGGAUUUUUAGCAUUGCCAUGAUUUACUUUUGUAUUUUUUCUAUUAUGUGGUACCUUGUGUUUAAACGUAUUCAAAUUAAACACUUUUUUUUCA